GCCUUCAGAGACCAUCAAAUCGAAUUUUUUGUGAUGUUGUGAAUUACUUCUUUUGAUGGAGUGGUGUCGCCAGCCUCUCGCAUGUGACACAUCUCCCCGCUAUGCCUAUCCCGCACUGGCGCUCCCGUCCCCAGAGUCCGUGCGCGCAUCUGAAAGUUCGACGGACCUCGGGCAUCGAGACUAUCUCACCACCCCGUCCUCUGCCUCAUCCUCUUAAGCUCACCUGCCCUCACUCCCCGAGGGCAACUCCACCAUAACCGCAAUGGAUUCUCCACGCUCCUCCUCCCGCUCGGGGCGUCGUUCCUACCCAAACCUUCCCAAUCUCUCGCUAGCCCCGCUCAGCUCCAAAUACCCCCUCGAUGCCUCGACACCGCCUUCCCCGUCCGAAGACCACGCUCGCACCCCGCGCACCUCAUACAUCGCUCAGAAGUCUGCACCCACCACUCCUGGAAUAUUGAGCCUGAGCCAGAGCCGCAGUAGCUCGCGCAAUGGUAGACGUCAUAACAAGGGCUACGCGUAUGAAGGCUACUUCCUCAACCCCGAUGUCCCUUUGAGGGACGCCGGCGAGAUACCGAAGGCAAAGAGCACCAAUACCCUGCUGCCCGGUGUGAGUUUCGCGGAUGAAACACCGGGCAGGCAUCACAGGCGGAAGGGCACUGCGCCUUUGCCAGUCCACACGCCUCUUGUUCGACAUCAUACGAGCGAGACGACAGACGAAUGGUUCCACCGAGCUGGACUGGCAAUUGCCGGCGAGACACGGGAUUCCAAGGGACAGGGCUGGCUUGUGAGGAGAGAGAGUUCCACCAGCUUGGUCAACCAGAUGGAUGAGUUUGAGGAGCAUCCUUCUCAUGAUAAACGGCACAUGGCGUUGCUGUCGGGCGAACACCUAGCUGAUGCCGAGUACAACAUGUUCACUCCGCGUUAUUCGAGACCCGGCAGCCGGGUUAAUAGCCGCGUCGGAAGCCGUGUAGCGAGCGCGCGCAACAGCCGGAGAGGCUCAAGAGUAGGAAGCAAAAUUGAUUUGAUGAUGUCCGCGGGGCCCAAACCCCCUAGCAGCCGACAUAGCUUGGAGACGGACGAUAGCGUGUUCGAAGAAACACCCGUCGAGCCAGAUUUUGUAGAAGGCGAUGGAGAGAGCGACGGCGACGAAGAGGAAAUCGCGCGAUUGGCACGAGAACGAGGUUUCGGCCUUGGUGGUUGGAUGGACAGACUAAUUGGUUGGACUCUGUUCAGCGUCGACGAAGACGGCGAGGAUUCCUCAUCAGAAGAUGAGGAUGAGGACGAUGCACCCCGGCCUGAGAACAUGACCAAGGAAGAGCUGAAGCUGCGCCGAGAAGUCGAGGCGAAGAGGAGGAAGCUGGAGCGUGAAGCCAUUAUCGCAGCGUCGGCUGUGCAUUCGCAUGACAAGAAGGCCACCGAUACGGAGGAGGAUGCUGCAUCUUCAGAUCCCAAACCUGCACCCGGUGAAGAAGGUGGAGGAUGGGCGGAUGCGGCAUGGCUGCUCGGCGUUGCGUCGAAGGUCUUGCUCUAAUUUGUAUCUUUUGCGCGGACACUGCCUGGUUACGUUUUACGCGAUAGAUCUAAAGCUAGAGUGCGCAUCUCAGCCUCGAUAACCUUCUUCGCGAUACAUAAUUGAAGCUAUUCAGCAUAGCUUAUCGAUCUUACAACAUCGCAG